UGCUAGAUGGGCCGACCAACAGUAGUCAAGUGUGUGUUUGUGUGUGUUCGUUGGGCGAAACGUGUCUAUCAGCAAAGACACACACAUUCAUAAGCGUGAGACCUUGUAGAUAACGGGAUUUUUUUUCAGGAAUUGGAAGUUUUAUGUUGGUUUCUCUGAAACAGUUUCGAUGCUAUACUAUGUACAGCACGGAAUUUGGCCUUUGAAGCGCAGGAUUUAUCCGACUCCGUUUCCACUGAAGACUCUCCGCUCCUCCUCCCCCUCGAUGAAGCGCUGCGAUGCCCUCUGAUUUUAUAUCCCUCCUUAGCUCGGAUAUUGACCUCAAUUCCCCUAAAUCUCUAUACUCUAAAGAGUCAGUAUAUGACCUCCUCCCCAAAGAGCUCCAGCUUCAGCCGUCGUCCACMCAGACAGACCCACCCACCAUGAGCCAGAAGAGCGGGGGAGAGGCGGGACCUCCCCCCUCUGCAACGUUGGCCUCAGAUGCCACCUCUUCCACCUCCAGCCCCUCUGCCUCUUCCUCCCUGGCCAUGGGCCUCUCUACCUCUUCCUCAGACCACCUCACGGUCUCUCAGCACCUCCACUCCACGGGAGCGGAUGGGCAAGGAGCGUCAGAGAUGCAAGGCAUGGAGGCGACCGGAUCGGCGCCCAGCAGAGGCGGCGGAGCGAGCACCGCAGGCGGGGACGGAGGGACCGGCGUGCUGUCGGGGCUGGGCGUGCAGCAGCUGCAGAACACGCCGUCAAAGCGGAGGCCCGUGCUGAGCAUAUCGCCGCCGCCCGAAGAUCUGUUCGACGACAGCCAAAUGUCGUGCCAAGAGGAGCCCGCCGUCGCCGCGGCGGCGUGUCCGGACUCGGAGCACAGCAGCAGCAUGUGGGCUGACGACUCCGUGUCCAACUUCAGCAUCAUCAGCUCCGUCUCGUACAACGACAACACGGAGGUGCCACGCAAAUCCAGGAAACGGACGCCCCGCCAGCGACCGGGCCCCAAGCCGACCCCUCCGGAGGACAGCAUGGACGUGUUUGACGCGGACAGCGCCAAGGGUCCUCACUUUGUCCUCUCCCAGCUGAGCACAGACAAGACCAGCUCAAUUGCGAGCUCUCUCGAUUCAGGAACUGUGGUGAAAAGUGGCUCGCUGUCUGCCCAGUUUCCUCAGAGGAGUGACGGGAAGGAGCUGAAGAUCCUGGUGCAGCCAGAGACCCAGCACCGAGCCCGGUACCUGACGGAGGGCAGCAGAGGUUCAGUUAAAGAUCGCACACAGCAAGGAUUCCCAACUGUCAAGUUGGAAGGCAUCAGUGAACCAGUGGUUCUUCAGGUGUUUGUUGCCAACGACGCGGGCAGAGUGAAGCCUCACGGUUUCUAUCAGGCGUGUCGAGUAACGGGACGCAACACCACCGCCUGUAAGGAGGUGGACAUAGACGGCACAACGGUUAUAGAGAUCCCUCUGGAACCCAGCAACGACAUGACGCUGGCUGUGGACUGCGUGGGGAUUUUGAAGCUGCGUAACGCAGACGUGGAGGCACGAAUCGGCGUGGCGGGAUCCAAGAAGAAAAGUACACGAGCCAGGCUGGCCUUCAGGGUCAACAUCCCCCAACCCGACGGCUCGGUGCUCACCUUGCAGGUCCCCUCAUCACCCAUCCUCUGCACCCAGCCAGCUGGACUCCCGGAGAUCCUGAAGAAGAGUCUCCACAGCGGCUCGGUGAAAGGAGGCGAGGAGGUUUUUAUAAUUGGAAAGAACUUCCUCAAAGGAACUAAAGUCAUAUUUCAGGAGAACAUCGCAGACGACAAUUCCUGGCAAGCUGAGGCGAAGAUUGAUACGGACCUUUUUCAUCAGAACCAUUUGGUGGUGACCGUCCCUCCGUUCCACAGCCAGUCYAUCACCUCUCCUGUGUCCGUGGGGAUUUUUGUGAUGACCAAUGCCGGUCGAUCACACGAGGCCCAGGCUUUCAUCUACACUCCAGAAUCAGCCGAUAGUUCAAGCGGCCAGACGGUCAAAACAGAAGGAGCGUCACUGGUCAACACCUGCAUCUUUGACGGUCAGAUCAAAUCCGUGUCCUCGGAGCAGAGCGACUGCUCCGGUCAGCCUUCCAAGCGGCAGGAAGACACGCCCAUGGAGGUCUCCAGCAACCCUCAACCCACAGAUGUUUUCAAACCAUCCCCGGACCCUCUGAUCUCAGUGCAGCAGACUCUGGAGCUCAACUCGAGCCCACAUCCAGGAGGAGAGGCUUUCGAGAGCCCGAUGCCCCUGCAGCCUGAAGACGUCGAGCUUCCCCAGGCGCCCCCCGUCUUUCCCAGCCUGGAGUCUCUCAGCACCAUCCAAAAGCAAGAGAUCUCUUCCACCACAUCCUUUCCCGUGUCAGGAGACACCACCAUCCCCCCGGUGACACCAGAAGUCCCCCAGCAGUUCCUCAGAGACCCUCAAGAAAGCCUUUCUCCGGAGAGCUCCGAUAACAGCGGGACCAUUGUGGUCGUAGCCAUGCCUCAGAUGGCGGCUCCCGCUCAGCCGCCGCCGCAGCAGACGCAGGUCGACCUGUUUCCCCAUGAGGGCGUGGCCCAGUUGGAGCGGGCGGUGAGGGAGCUGCAGGCUGGAGGCACCACCACCCUGGAGCAGGUGCUGGAGGUGGCGCAGCAGCAGCUCAACUCUGUGCUCUACAGCCCGGCGCCGUCGGCAGAGUCCUUACAGCAGCACGUCCAGGAGAACAUGAACAGCCUGCGGUUGGGCAACUCCGAUGGCUCCCUGUCGGCGCGGCAACAGAUACAAAUGCAGCAACAGCAGCAGCAGCAACAGAUACAAAUGCAGCAGCAUCAGCAACAAAUACAGCAGCAGUACCAGCAACAGCAACAAAUCCUUGAAAACCUGCAGCAACAGCAGCAGCAGCAGCAGCAACAGCAGCAGCUGCAGCAGCAGGUCCUCAGCAACAUGCAGAUCCAGCAGCAGCUCAUGCUGCAGCCUCAAGACCAACAGCAGCUGCAGCAGCAGCAGAUGAUGGAGAAUAUCCAGCAGCAGCAGCUGCAGCAGAAUCAGCAACAGCAGGUCCUGAACAACAUCCAGCUCCAGGAUCAGCAGCAGCAGAACCAGAUCCUGAGCAAUCUGCAGGAGCAGCAGGUCCUGGAGAAGCUGCAGCAGCAGCUGCAAGCCGAGCUGCUGCAGCCGCAGAUGCACUCCUCCCCCCAGGCGCAGCAGCCCGUCUCGCUGCUGCAGCAGGCGGGAGAGCUGCUCACCAUCCAGACCAGCUUCCCGACGCCGCCGCCAUCCCACACGUCGCCGCCGCAGCAACUCUUCCAGUCGCCGCAGCCGCUGGCCGAGACCCAGAGCUCCCAGCAGCAGGUGCAGGCCACCCUGCUCCAGAACACGCUGACCGUCCUCUCUGGCGGCGGCCUCGGGUCCGAGCAGCAGCCCACGGGGUCGACCAUAUUCCUGUCCACCAACCCUCAGCCGCAGCAGCCACAGCAGCAGCCCCAGCUGGCCUUCAUCUCUUCCAUGGAGACGUCAUCCAGCCAGCCCCAGCCCGUUUCCAUGUUCCAGAACCAACCUCCGACCCAGCUCUCCCAGCCAAUGGAGCAGCAGCAAUCCCCGCAGCAGAACCAGCAGCCGCCGCAGCAGCACCCGCUGGGCCAACAGGGCACCUUGUUCCAGAGCAUCCCAAACCACUCGCAGGCCAGCGCCAUCCCCCAGAACCAGAUCGCUCAGCCCCAGCAGACGGGCCUGCUCCUCUGUACUUCGGAUCUACUGUUCACCACCCCGGCUCAAGCCGCGCCCCCCAUCGCAGGCAUCAGCGUCGGAAUCCCCCAACCGGACGCAGCCGAGCCCAUGUCGUUCCAGGUCCAGAGCUCCUCCGGCAGCAGCGCCGCGUCCGCCGCAAACCAACAGCAGAGCCUGUUCCAGGAGCAGCAGCCCAUGCAGGUGACCCCGAGCUCCGGCCAGGUUCCCAACAGUCAGCCGGUGAAGCUGUUCAUCCCGCAGACGUCCCUGUCAGGGCUGCAGGGGACCAUUGGCUCCCAGGAGCUCAACACCGAGGCGGCAGCUCCGACUGCAACCAUCUUUGUGGUGCAGGGUGGCGUCGGCGUGGUCGCCAGCCCGGGCCAGCAGCCGCCAGAGCAGCUGUUCCAGACCGCGGUGGGCGGCACCGUAGCACCGCAGGGGCAGCCCAACCUAUUUGUGUUUGGCAUCCAGAAUGACUCAUCCCAGUUGCUGAGUUCUUCUGGACCGAACCUGCCUGCUCAGACCCAAGCCCAGAACUCCAAUCACAUGCAGCCUCUGCUGGAUCAGCCCAUGCCGCAGGCCUCGCCCAGCAUGCACAGCAAUCUGCAAAACACUCUGCAGGCACAAAUGCAGACCAGCCUAGAAAAUGCACUGCAGUCAAACACCCAAACUCCAAUGCAGACCAGCCUGCAGACACAGAUACAGAGCAGCUUGCAGAAUCAGAUGCAGGCGACCAUUUCUGCAACGUCUGACAUGGAUAAAAUCGAGGACAUCCUAGAAAGUCUGCAGAAGCAAUGAGACGGGUCGGGACACGUGUGGCUUAAAAGUUACAUUUCAUCAAAUUGGCAAAGGUGGUGUGUUGGUUUUUGCACCAAUGCCAUAAAAGAAAACAAACAUAAAAUCUUAAUGCUUAAUAAUAUGCCCUUUUACUAAAAACCCAAAUUAUGAGGUUUGACAUGAUUUUUAAAAGGUCAUUAUUAAUUCAUUAUUCGUUUUAGCUAUCGUUCAUUACUCUUGAAUUGUUGAAUCCACCUUUGUAAUUACCCAUCCUGCAAGUUAACGAGGCCCGGAGUAACUGCUCGAUGCAUUAAUGUUAAAAAAAAAAAAGAGAACUGCAGUGUUUUUGUUCUGUGUUUAGAUGAUGUGAGCCUCAGAGAUGAUGCAACAAACCCGCCAGGUGUGGGAGGAGAAAAGAACUGGGAUGGGAUAAAGAAUGUCGGCCACUUGGAAACAUCGUGCGGAAUAGGGAUGGAUUGUCGGAUGCUCUGGAUAAAGGCUGAAUCUCAUUUUGUGAAUGUGUGAACUCUGAGGUUUCAUUUCACUUCAGGGUUUCAGUCUGUCAAUCGGGAAACUUUAGGUUUAAAUGUAAUGUUCCUAAAACGGCUCAUGAUUGAAGACAUCUUUGGUUUUAGUUUUUGGCUUUGAAGAAUUCUCGCAAUUUUCCUCAAACCUCGGAUUUGCACGUCUACAAAUCCAUGUAAGUCGAAAAGCUAAUUUCUUUGAGAAUAAGGACGUGUUUUUUUUUUUUAUUUCUUAUAUUUGCUAGUAUGCAUUUGUUCUGCAUUUGUAGUGUCUCUAAAGAGGAGGACAGAAGCACAAAGCUACCAGUGGUUUUACUUGAACGAGGCAUGGGAAGGAAUGAGAUUCUCACGGUACAACCUUGAAUGUCACGUUUUUACAGUAUUUAUACAAAAAUGAAUUUCUUUUAAAAACAAAUAUUCAAACUGCUUCUAAAUUAAUAUGUCUUUUUACUAUUAAUUUAUCUAGUCUUAAGCAACAACACAGACCAGCCACCUUCUAAAUUUAGUAGCAGCAGAAUAUUACACCUCAUCAUUCUGAGGACCAUUCAGGCUGUAAUUUAAAAAGAGUCUUAGCUUAUUGAAAGAUGUAGGUGGUGCUUCUCUAGCUUCUACACUAUGACUGGAAAUCUGUCCAAGCAGCCUGAAAUGGUUUGUUUUUAUUUGUAAGAGAGAGGAAUAAAGUAUUGGAGGCUUCUCCCAGCCGGUCCAGCUACUUCAAGCUCAGUUAGCUAGCCUGAUGUUAGCUGCUUACCAGACAUGCUGGUCAUACUUUGUCAACUGGAGUUUUAAAGCAGAAUUACCAUAAUAAAGGUGAUGGGUGGCUGAAAACUGUUUUGUUUUCUUUUCCUUUUUGAAUUUGGAGUUUUAAAUUUGUUUUUGGUUUACCCUGAUGCCUCUAACUGACCCAUGCUUAUGGAAAAAAAAAAAAAGAAAUAAAACUUCUCAUUAAGAUGUAGUGUGAAAUUAAUUGGGUGAGAGGGGAACAUUACACAAUCACAAAUCAGGUUCAGCCUGUUGAAUAACGUGACUUUUUGUGGGACGCCAUGCAGUGUUGUCAUGUUUCGGCCUCAUCAGUAGGUUUGUAAAAGCUUUCCGGAUGAAUUUUUAAACAUUCAUGUACGUGUUGUGUUCAGUUUUUUUCUUUUUUUUCAUUUCAAUGUGUUGGUAGUUUUUACCAAUUAAUCGUGGACAGGAAGCAGCUUUCCACUAGUGAAAACAAGAGCGUUGAGUGGUUUUAUAAACAUUUUAUCUCAAGCACUUUAUAACCUUUUUGUGUAACCCGCUCCUCCUGAUCAUCCGUCCGUCCACAGCUCUGUAAGGAACAAGCAGAAUUUGUACAUGAGAAAAGAAAAAAAAAAGAAAGCAGUUGUCUUUGUAACGAUGAAUAAGUUUUAAUCAAACAUUUUCACAUUUUAUCUUUCUUUUUUUUAGCUAUAGCGUUUGUAUAGAAUGUCAACUUACUGUUCAAGUCUCGGUGGUCCAGUCAAAGCCUGUCCAGAAGCAGCCAUUCCCACUAGAACAUUGUGAUUUUUUCACUGAGUGGUUCAGUGGGCCUUUUGUGUUUUACACACAGACUAGCCAUCUAAGAUAUUCGUUCAUCUUUUACUCUGAAAUGAAGGAUUUGCAUUCAGUUCUUCUUUUUUUUUUUGUACCGAUUCACUGCAGACUGUUUUGCCGUUUGUCUUGUUUGCGAUGUUGUUUUUGUCGGUGUUUGCGGAGCGUACAGAGUGGCGCCGGAUGAAGUUUUACGACUCGUCUCUUUCAUAUUGAGCGAGGGCUCGCUGUUACUUAGAGGCCGAAGUUUCUGAUGUUAUCUAUGGUGCUAUGUACAGGAGCACCUCUGCUGUGAUGUUAACUAUUUCUAAUAGCACUGGCUUUGUUUUUGUUUUUUUAAACUGUGUCUGCAAAGUUGAGUCCACAGCGCCGGCUUUUUGUUGUGGGUUCGGACUGGAGCGCAGCCAGGCGUACCAAAGCUCCUGUUGUGAUUCGUCGCCAUCCCGUCUCCGGCUCGUCCUCGCGGACGCCCUCAUGAUGUUUACUCAUUUCUACAGAUGAAUGCAGCUCUCCCGUGGAAAGCAAUUCAGCAGAUUUACAAAAGACAAAAAGAAAAAGAAAA